AUGACUUCUCCCUCGGUUCUCUCGGUGCUCUCACGCCUCUCUUCCCAGGUGUGCAUCACUACGAGCCCGAGCCCGCAAAACCUGGGCCAGUGCAAGCAAAUCCUCGCCGCUCUCCAGAAAUACGGCGAGGUCUAUGACAUUUGCAACACAAAUCAGCGCCCCGAGCGCCCUAUCCUUGCCAUCUUCGAGACCCAAGAUGCCGCUGAGCGUGCCAUCGCCGCGUCCCCCAUAACAAUCCCACUCACGCUCUCCCAGCCAGUCCCUGCCGCAAACCCCUUCGCAGCCCAACACUCUUCCUCCUCCUCCUCCUCCUCCUCCUCAUCUGUGGCGCCUGCUACACCGUCCGCGCUCACAUGUACAAUCGAGAGCUCGCGACACAACCACUCGCGCGGGUUGCGGCGCAACCCGUUCUACGGGUCAUUCGCGAUGGACCGCACAGACCCGGUCUUCAACGAUAUGAAGGACAAAGCGACGGGGACGCCGCUAGCCGAGCUACGGAACGUACUGCAGCGGCGACAGCGGCCGACAGCGCUGGCAGAGCAGAGCGCCGCGGCGGCGGGGGCGCGACGGAUGGGGGCGGAUAGCUUGAUGACCCUGUGGAGAGAGGGCUUGGAGGAGGCGGAGCGUGGGUAUCCGCACAAGCGAAAGGCUGGGGAGGAGGGAAAGAGUGAAACCCCAGAGAUUCCGGAGCGGACGUGA